AUGGGUUCUUGGCCAGAGGAUAUAGAUUUUGAUCCCGGGAUAUCCUUUGAUUCAGUCUUUGGUCCGCCCUCUCAUGACAAUUACAUCUCCCCUUUACCCGAUGAAGGGACACCAUUCAUCUUUGAUCCAAGGCCAAGCCUUGGUAUCAGCCAACCCAUGCCCUUUGGGAAGACCUUAGGCUUACAAGGAUCUCCGCCACGGUGCUCUUGGUCCCUCUCGGACAGUUCCUGCUUUGCUUCCCCGUGCAGUAACACUCCGGAGGAAGCUAGGCUGCUCUCAAGCUGGGAUAAGUAUAUGCUUGCUCAAGGCGAUGACUCAAUCGCCCACCAUGAGAAUGAAAUAUACGAGCUCGCACGAGGCAUUCAAGACUCUAGCCUCAUCACUUCCUAUGAAUUGCACCCGAGCGACUUUAUCGCAACAGCCACUCAGUCCCCCACCCGCGGUCCAGGACCCCCGGGGGACUUUGCGGCUUUCGCGAUAUCGCCUCCCAGUUUUGCAUUUCCUAGUGUUUCUCUUGAUAGUUCUUCUUUUAGCAGUGAUGAUUUUAGCGACGCUUCGAAUGGUGGAAUAGGUGAUGAUGGAUCUUCUCCUAAGAACCUCCCUCAACAAACUCCUCGGCCGGGUUAUCAGUGGUGCUGUAAAAAGGAAUACAAAGAAGGCGACCAGUUGAAGUAA